AUGGUGUUCGUAAAAGUGUUUUAUAAGAUGUUCCUAACUCGUUCUGAAUAUGACCGUGGUGUCAAUACAUUCAGUCCGGAAGGAAGACUUUUUCAAGUAGAAUAUGCAAUUGAAGCUAUUAAGCUUGGCUCCACGGCAAUUGGCAUCUGCACUUCGGAAGGUGUUGUGCUGGCCGUGGAGAAAAGAAUUACUUCACCAUUAAUGGAACCUACAACCAUAGAAAAGAUAGUUGAAGUGGAUCGGCAUAUUGCUUGCGCUGUUUCUGGAUUAAUGGCUGAUUCUCGAACACUUGUGGAGCGGGCCAGAGUGGAAUGUCAGAACCAUUGGUUUGUUUACAAUGAGCGCAUGACCGUGGAGUCCUGCGCUCAGGCAGUGUCCAACUUGGCAAUACAGUUUGGUGAUAGUGAUGAUGAUAGUGGAACUGCCAUGUCCAGACCGUUUGGUGUCGCUGUCAUGUUUGCUGGUAUUGAUGAAAAGGGACCACAAUUGUUCCACAUGGAUCCCAGUGGAACAUUUGUACAAUAUGAUGCUAAAGCUAUUGGUUCAGGAAGUGAAGGGGCACAGCAGAGUUUGAAGGAAGUAUACCACAAAUCCAUGACUCUGAAGGAGGCCAUCAAGUCUGCUUUGACUAUUCUGAAGCAAGUGAUGGAGGAGAAGCUGUCCGAAAGCAAUGUAGAGGUCGUCACAAUGACACCCGGCUCAAUGUUCCAUAUGUUCACAAGGGAACAGCUCUCCGAGCUAAUAUCGAGUAUUCCUGAGUUGCAGUGGAGUGAGACAAGCUCGAGGAAUACCAUCCAAGAUCUUUCCAAGUUGAGACUCAGUAGUCAGACAUGU